ACAGCACUCAGCACUGUAAAUGACUGUAAACUAUGAUUGACGAUUGUAUAUUAAAGAAAGAUGUAUAAUGUUCCUUUUGCAAACUUUGCUAGUGAACGUAUGUCGUGAAAAUUGCACCGUUGGCGCUUCAUUAUAAUACUUUUUGUACUAUUUCUUGUAAUUUAUACUAAAAUAUGUCAACUGAAGAAGCAACUCGCAAUACAACAAUGCAGGCCACGGAGGAAAAUAAUCAGUCUGUAACCAGUACAUCUCACAAUGCAGGCAAUAGCAGAGAACCAAAUGCUGUCAGAUCUCAAGAACAAAGUAGCAGACAAAAUAAUCUCCAAAGAAUACAACAGCGAAAGCAACAAAUGCUAAAUUUGCCACAAAUGAAGAAAAUUCUAAAAAUUGCAACUUACAGUGCAUGUAAAGUAGAAGAUUGCAAAUGUAUUGGUUGGAAGAACCCUCAGUUGUUAAUUAAAUCUCCUAAAACUGACUCGCAACAACCUAUCAUAAACUUUUUUGAUCCUUGCAAGAGUUGCACACAUGUUUUAGAAAAUCAUGUUUCUCACUUAACCAAUCAGUCAGAAGAGGAUAUCAACAAAUUAUUAUGUAUGGUUAUUGAUGCUGACAAUAUUUUCUUAGGAUUACAAAAAGAAGAAGAUCCAGAUACAAAGAAAGUCUACUUUUACCUGUAUAAACUCUUAAGAAAAUGUAUACAGUCUAUAACAAAACCAACAAUAGAAGGUCCUUUGGGACAACCACCUUUUGAAAGACCUAGCAUAGCAAAAGCAGUAAUGAACUUUGUGGCAUAUAAAUAUGGACAUCUGCCGCAAAGAGACAUGCAAGCUAUGUGUGAUAUGGCCAAGAUGUUUUUGCACUGUUUGAAUCAUUGGAACUUUGAUCCCCUCAGUGCUAGAAGAGGUACAAUUAGCGUGGAGGAUGCUCCUGCUUAUAAAAUUAAUCAUACACGUUGGCUGGUUUUCUGCCAUAUACCAGCAUUCUGUGAUUCCUUACCCCAUUAUGACACAUCCUUAGUGUUCGGCAGAACAUUUGUUCAAGCCAUUUUCAAACCAGUUUCGAGACAGCUAUUAGACAAGUGUCACAGUGAACGAGAUAAACUGGCACCAGAAAAAAGAGUAAUAGUUUUAACUCAUUUCCCUAAAUUUCUUUCAAUGUUGGAAGCAGAAAUUUACUCUGACAAUUCGCCAAUCUGGGAUCCUGAUUUCAAACAAGUGCCUCCUACUUAUUUGCAAACAGCAUUAGAAUCUAAAGCAAACCAAGGAAGAAGACCCGGUGAAUUUGAAAAAGUUACAGUUACUCCGAACGAUAAAGAUAACUACACAACAAUUAAUAUAAGCCCUGGUAUGAAGAAAAUCCAUGAGAAAAGGUCACAUUCCGAAGGACGUUCAGAUGUAAAAAGAAGAAAAAACGAAGAAGUUUUCGAAGAUUUACCAGAAGAAACAGUCGCCGAAAUUGUGGCAACUAUUAAUGACCCUAAUUACAUGUGCGGACCUGAUGCUGUCUUUCCACCGAACGUUCCACGAGAUGAAACAGCUAAGAUCGAAGAAAGUAGAAAAAUUAUUGAAUUUCAUGUUGUUGGAAACAGUUUGACACAACCAGUUUCAAAACAGACCAUGCUUUGGUUAAUUGGACUACAUAAUGUAUUUAGUCAUCAGUUGCCUAGAAUGCCGAAAGAGUACAUAUCUCAACUGGUUUUCGAUCCAAAGCAUAAAACUCUAGCUCUGAUAAAGGAUGGUCGGCCAAUUGGCGGUAUCUGUUUCCGAAUGUUUCCUACCCAAGGAUUUACAGAAAUAGUGUUUUGCGCUGUUACAAGUCAAGAACAAGUCAAAGGCUAUGGUACACAUUUAAUGAACAUGCUUAAAGAUUAUCAUAUAAAGAACAAUAUACUACAUUUUCUCACAUUUGCGGACGAAUUCGCGAUUGGAUAUUUCAAAAAGCAAGGCUUUAGUAAAGAUAUUAAGAUACCGCGAUCGAUGCAUCAAGGUUACAUCAAGGACUACGAAGGUGCUACAUUGAUGCACUGUGAAUUAAAUGCUAAAAUCGUGUAUACCGAAUUUACAGCUGUUAUACGGAAACAAAAAGAGAUUAUUAAAAAGUUGAUUCAUCAAAGGCAACAAGAGAUUCAGAAGGUUCAUCCUGGUUUAACAUGUUUCAAAGAAGGCGUUAGAGGAAUUCCUGUCGAGUCUAUUCCUGGUAUUCGAGAAACUGGUUGGAAGAGUUACGCACAAACGAGGACAAGAGGGGUUGCUAAAGGGACUCAAGGACCAGAACCAAUGGAAGCAUGCUUAGAUAUUACUGAUUCCUUAUACAAUGCUUUAAAAAACGUUUUGAACAGCGUAAAAAAUCAUAGUACGGCAUGGCCAUUUUUAAAACCUGUGGACAAGAACGAUGUCCCAGAUUAUUACGAUCAUAUUAAAUAUCCGAUGGACCUCAAAACCAUGACUGACCGAUUAAAAGCACGAUAUUACGUAACAAGAAGAUUAUUUAUCGCAGAUAUGACACGAAUUUUCACCAACUGUCGUUUGUAUAAUAGUCCGGACACGGAAUAUUACCGAUGUGCUAACGCCUUGGAAAAAUAUUUCCAAACGAGAAUGAAAGAGAUCGGUCUUUGGGAUAAGUAA